UCGUGACMAGCAGAGGACAGUGCCUUCAAUGUUGUCAUAAUCUAAUUUUGCAGUUUUUUAGUCUCUUAGUGUACACCAAAGUUUGGUUUUGCUGCUUCAAAGAUGGCUUCAUGUCAAGAAGGUCUUCGUGUAACGCUGUCCAUCUUUUCUGGUCGACCUGAUCCCAGCUGGCACAUAACACCAAGUAAUGAGCAUUAUGAGAAAAUAACAACUCUCUUAAAUGAUGCGAAAAAAGCCGGCUAUCUUCGCCGUAUGCAUGAAAUGCCAUCUAGACUGGGUUACAGAGGAUUUGUAGUAGGAGAAAAUCUGGUAAUUGGACAGGAAACAAAUGAGUUACAGAAGUUGUUAGUUUGCUCAGCACCUGACAAUGUAGUAUCAAGUCCUUUAAAGGAAAAAAUCUUGGCAGCUUUAGCUGACAACUCUUCCUAAACAAAGCAUUAUGGACUAUUAUCUUAAACAUCACCUGAAAUAUAACAGCCACCAUUUGUUGGUAUACAACAACCACCAUUUGUUGGUAUACAAAUGCAAGAAACAAUGCCACUGAAUUUUUCAAAUACAUUUUCAAGAAAAUUA